AUGGCUCGAGGAGGUCGACGUCGUCAAACUCUAGGUCAGGGUUUGGACAGAGAGGUAUAUCAAGUGGUGCGCAAAAUCCUCGACGAGCGUGCACAGUACGGAGACGUCCCAAGUACGCCGCUGUCUUUUGCCGCCGUAUACGAUGAGAUCCGGGCGUCCAAUUCCAGUCUAAACCGGAGACCUAAAAAAUUACUGGAGGACAGCAUUCAACGGGUGCUCGAAACCAUCCAGCAGGAUCAAGAAUCCGAGUUCGACGAUAUUGUGGCUGGGGAAGAGGAAGAGCAGCAGCAGCAGCAAGUACACAAACCUCUGUCGAAUAAAUUGAACAAGAGCAUUGUCAGUGCCUGGUCUACGUCAACUGUGUCACCUGCACCAACACCGAAACCCGCAUCGACACCCAACAUGGACUCCCCUCAAAUCGCAACUACACAACGGCUUGCGAAUGGCGAACCCCGUCCCAAGAAGCGCAGAGCCGUCAAUGCCCCGGUCGACAGAUCUCCACCGACACACGUCUCGUUGGAGUCUCUGGGCGGUGUCACGCCGGUGAUCCAGGAGUUGAGACGCCUACUCGUCAUCCCGAUGAGCAAGCCCGAGAUUUACGCUUCCAACAAGGUCCAACCACCGCGCGGUAUCCUCUUACAUGGCCCUCCCGGCUGUGGCAAGACGAUGAUCGCGAACGCAUUGGCCGCAGAGCUGGGCGUCAACUUCAUUUCCGUGUCCGCCACCAGCAUCGUCUCUGGCAUGUCGGGUGAGAGCGAAAAGGCGCUGAGGGACCUCUUCGAGGAAGCCAAGAGCUGUGCCCCGACCUUGCUGUUCAUUGAUGAAAUCGACGCCAUCGCUCAGAAGAGAGAAACCGCACAGCGCGAAAUGGAGAAACGGAUUGUCGCGCAGCUGUCCGUGUGCAUGGACGAUCUCACGCUGGAGAAGACGGACGGCAAGCCGGUGAUCGUCCUCGCCGCGACGAAUCGACUGGAUACGCUCGACGCGGCUCUGCGACGAGGCGGCCGCUUCGACAAAGAAAUCAACAUGCGAGUGCCCACUGAGCCGGACCGUGCCAGGAUCCUGGAGGCCCUGACCAAGGGGAUGAAGAUGGCCGACAAUGUGGACCUCGAUCUCCUGGCCAAACGUACCCCGGGAUUCGUCGGCGCCGACUUGAACGACCUCGUCCUGACCGCCUCGGCGACGGCCAUGGAGCGCUACCUGGACGUCCUGCAAGCGAACUCGGACAAGUACAUCAUGGACGUGGACGGGGACGACCACCUCGACAAGCACCCGGACGCCGAAAGCAUCAAGUCCCUGCGCCGGCUCGUCAAAUACAUCAAAGGCCAGUCCUCCUCCCCCGAGGCCGCGGCCGAGGCCGAUGAAACCCUGCUUGUUACGUUCGAGGACUUCCUCGCCGCUCUACCCAAGAUCCAACCUUCCGCUCUGAGAGAAGGCUUCGCCACGAUCCCGUCGACGACCUUCGCGUCCAUCGGCGCGCUGGACGACCACAUCCGUGAGCUGACCGACACGGUGAUCUCGCCCAUCCGCGACCCGGCCGUGUACACCAACCUGGGCCUGCCGGCCUGGUCGGGCACGCUGCUCUGGGGCCCGCCCGGCUGCGGCAAGACGCUGCUGGCCAAGGCGUGCGCCAACGCCAGCCACGCCAACUUCAUCAGUGUCAAGGGCCCCGAGCUGCUGAACAAGUACCUGGGCGAGUCGGAGCGGGCCGUGCGCCAGGUCUUCACGCGCGCGCGCUCCAGUGUUCCCGUCAUCGUCUUCUUCGACGAGCUGGACGCCCUGGUGCCCACGCGGGACGGCGGCGUCGGCGGCGGCUCCGAGGCCUCGGCCCGCGUGGUCAACACCCUGCUCGCCGAACUCGACGGCGUCGGCCACUCGCGCGACGGCAUCUACUUCAUCGCCGCCACCAACCGGCCCGACAUCAUCGACCCGGCCAUGCUGCGCCCGGGCCGACUGGACAUGUUCCUGUACGUGGGGCUCCCGGACGCCGAGGGCCGGGUGGAGAUCCUGAGGACGCUCUGCAAGAAGGUCAACGGCCUGGUCUUUGACGAGUCCCUGGCCACGGUUGCCCGGGAAUGCGACGGGUUCAGCGGUGCGGAUCUGGAGUCGCUGGUGAGGAGGGCUGGGCUGGCCGCCGUUCGCCGGAUCAAGUCGUCGGGGGGGCCCGACACGAUAACCACACAAGACUUCAUGCAUGCCAAAACCGAAGUGAGGCGGAGCGUGGGCGUCGAGGACAUCAGGAGAUUUGAGGCCUUGAGGAAAAACUGGCGCAAAUAG